GGCAGUCAGCACCGAGCAUCCAGCCUGAGCGUUUCGUGUCGACUUGUGUUUUUUUAAAAACUCAACACAUUUUAUAAACAAUAAUACGCUCGGUACUGCUUAUUUUAAUCGUCACGUUUAAAUUUAAAUUCAAAUUUUACAUAAUGAGUAACAAAUAAUAUAUAUAAUUAUAAUUAAAUAUAUAACAAACUAAUAAUAAAAAAUAAUAAUAAUAAUAGUAAUAAUAAUAAUAAUGAUUAUUAUUGUAAAAUAAAUCAACGUAAUGUGAAAAUUUUGGCGGGCUAGUUAAAUUUAAAAAAAAAAUUUAAAUUACCCGCGUAAUUGCUGGCUGGCAUUAUGGCAUUCAAAUGCCGCGUACAUCAGUUAUUAAAUUACUCUCGUGUAUCUAAUGAGCUGUUGUUGUUAUUAAUGUGCAAAUUAGUGAUCGUGUCGCGGAUACCGGUUGUUAAAAAAAUAAAAAACAAGCAUCUGUCAGUGUUUAUUCCCAGGUUUUGAUCUGUGAAUUAAAGCAAUAAAUAAUUACUAAUGAAAACGGUGGAUUUACCCGGGAAAACGUUUUGUUUAUUUACAAUAAAUAGCAGAUAUUUUUGUUUUUAAUAUUAACGACGUGAUGCACUAUCGUAAAUUUAUUUUCGUUACCGAUUGUCUUAAAUUUUUACAGUAUUGUGCUACGGAUUGUCCUAGUCUUUAUACACGCGCGAGAAGAGAAUAAUUAAAUAUUAAUUAUUAAGUGUUUUUAAAUAAAUAAAUAAAGGUGCAGUGUUUUAGGUUGAGGACAUUUAAAAUUUUUAUUUAAAAUCUAACUCUUUUAUUUUCCACUCUAAUCUCUUCUCUUUAUCUUUACUCUGAUACUAUUUUAAUAAUUUAAAUUUAAAUAAUUAGUUGGUGGUUAUUUAAAGUGAGGAAAUUUAUUAAGUGAUAUUUUAAAUUUAAAAUUUGAAAAUAUUUUUUAAAUAUUGUUGGUAAAAAAAAUAUAAUCGAAGAGUAAAAAGGUGGUAGUGAGAAAACGUUGACGCCCGAUCGGCCCCGUCGGCGGACGGUCGGCGCGAUUUAUUAAAACACAAUAAUGCCGCACGUGAGCAGCAGCGGCGGCGGAGAUGAUCUCGGCAGUGAGGACGAGGUCAAGGUUUUCAAGGAUGAAGGCGAGGACGAGAAAAGAUCCUCGGAGAACCUUACCGAGGAGAAGAGUUCACUUAUUGAUCUUACCGAGUCUGAGGAAAAAGGAUCACUUGCUGGUGGUGCUUAUACAAGUAAGGCCUCUUCGAGGUCUGAUCUCAGUCCUGUCUUUGGCAAAGUGGAUCCAACGCCGCACACCUCGUCAUUCAACAUGGGUUAUCUCGUGUCACCAUAUCCCUAUCCAAAUGGUGCCGGUGGACCUAUUCCAGUAUCUAUGGCGAGUAAAAUGGGUCUUGCCGGCACGCAUCCAAGCGGCUUACCGUUCUUUUGCGGGAACGGUGACCACCUAACGCAACCACCGCCUGCACACAUGGGGAUACCACCUUACGGAGCAUUGGACGCAGGCAAGGCGGCCGCGGCUGCCGGUGAGUACUGGCCAGCACCCCAACACGGUCCAUCCUCACACCCUGCACACUGGAAGCGACUUCUUGCAGCAGCAGCCUCCACAGGUUUAACGAGAGCCCCGAUGUACCCCUUCUCGACGGGGCAGUAUCCAUAUCCCAUGUUAAGUCCAGAUAUGACGCAGGUGGCAUCGUGGCAUACGCCAGGCAUGUAUCCUAUUUCACCAGCGAGUGCCGGGUUUAGAAGUCCAUAUCCCACGAGCUUACCUAUUACAAGUUCAAGUUUACCCAGUGAUCUUUAUCGGUUUUCACCAACGGGCCUCAUGCCUCCUCAUCCAGGACUGAGUCCGCACGCACAUGCUUUAGCGUCUCAUGCGUUAGUCUCAUCGGCGCCUAAAGCGGAUCAUUCUACCUUGGAUCACAAUCACAGGUCUUCAAUGGACCAGAAAAACUCGUCGUCUUUGUCAUCAGACAUCACAAAAACACAAGACACUGGACAGCAAAAUAAUCAAGACAAAAAGAAACCCCACAUAAAGAAGCCUUUAAACGCUUUUAUGCUGUAUAUGAAAGAAAUGAGAGCGAAAGUGGUGGCAGAGUGUACCUUAAAAGAAAGUGCUGCAAUCAACCAAAUUUUAGGAAGACGGUGGCAUUCGCUAAGCCGGGAGGAGCAGGCGCGGUAUUAUGAGGCGGCCAGGCAGGAGCGCCAUCUCCAUCAGCAGCGCUACCCCGGCUGGAGUGCCAGGGAUAACUACGGAUACGGCAGCAAGAAGAAGAAGAGGAAGAAAGAACGCUCCGCAGAUCCCACCGGAGGUAAUAAUAUGAAAAAAUGUCGCGCGAGGUAUGGAUUAGAUCAACAAAGCCAAUGGUGCAAACCCUGCAGACGUAAGAAGAAAUGUAUCAGAUACAUGGGUGAGGGAGGAGACGGCGACGUUGAGGGUGAUGGUGACGGUGACGACGAUCACUCGGAAGACAAUUUGGGGAGCGUCGGGGAAGCUGGAACUCCCGAAGACGACGAAUCACUGAGUAGUCCCGGUGGAUUGUCGGCAUUGUCGAGUCUGGCGAGUCCUUCACUGGUUCUCCCAUCGCCUGCGAGUCUCGCGAGUCCAUGUCCCUGUCCACUGACGCCUCCAGUGCCUCCGCAGUCUCAGUCGUCGAUUUCCAUGAAUCAAAAUCCCGUACAAGCGGUACCGCACCGUAACCCCGUGGGUACAAACCCCCACGACAUAAACAAUCCGCUAAGCGUUAAUCAAUUAACUGGUCAGUGUAUAAAGAGUGAAGUUAAUCAAGGACCUUCGGGUCCUUCCAACCCGGCGAUCAGUGUUACGUAGCCCUGGAUGGCCCCAAGUGACAAGACUCUCUUACGAUUCGGUGUCAUCGGGGUUUAUAUUUUUAAAUUUAUUAUUAAAACAAUAAUAAUUAUAAAUAUUAUUAUUAUUAUUAUUAAUAUUAAAGAAAAAUUUUUUUAUUUAUUUAGCCGCAGCGACUCAGUUGAUCAGCUCGAGGCAAAUAAAUCGAUAUACCAGUUAAUUAUAUAAAUAUAUAAUUAAUUAAUAAAUAAAUAAUAAUGAUAAUUAAAGAUAAAGUAAUGAUAGAUGAUAAAUGAUGUAAAAAAAAAAAAUACUCAGGACCAAGUGUCUAGCUGUAUAAUCCACCUCGAGAAGCCUCUCGUGCAAUUAAUAUUUAAAAUUACAGUGACUGAUUUUAUUAAAGACAACUGGAGGUUGAUUUUUACAGCUUGUAGUCCUUGUUAUGUUGUGAUGCCAAUGACUGAUUGAGGUCAUGUUCCUGUGCCAGGUACUAUAUUCUAUUAAAUUUAUAAAUAAUUAAAUUAAAUUUAAUAUUUAAUUACGAUAAUUAUAAAUAUUAUUGUAAUUUUUAUUUUAUUUAAUCAGAUAGUUAAUUUUAAUAAUAAAUUUAUUAACAUUUAUUAUUAUUAAGUUUAUUAUUAAUUAAUAAACAAGGAAUACACGUGUCAAAAUACAUUUUUCUGUAUGUAAUUUGUUAUUUUUUUAAAAGUCUAUACAGUGCGAUUUUAAAUUUACGUUUAAGACAAUUAUUAAUUUUUUUAUUUUGUUUUUAAACAACAAGUCGUUUUUUUAUGAGUAAUGCGUCUUUUUUUAAUUACGGUACAUUUUAAAUUUAUUUUUAUGAAAUGAGAUGAAAGGAAAAUGACAAUUAUAAUGAGUGUUUUUAUACUGAACAAUUUGAUCUCCAGUUUUUUAUGACAUAAAAAUAUUUCGUAAAUUUUAAGUGCAUUUUUAGUUGAAGAUUAAACAGAAAUUUUUUAUUUCAUUUCGGACAUUACCCUAGCAGACCUGAAUUACGGUAUUUAUCGUAAAUUACCGUAUUUCGCGGCAAUAUACCGCAUCACUACGGUAAAUUUCCGCUUUUUGCAGUAUUUACGGUAAUUUACCGGAAAUCGCGGUAGUUUAGUUCAAUUGCGGCAAUUUACCGCAACUUUUGGAAUUUUUUCUACCGUAAACACGGUAUAAUACUUUAUUUUACGAUAAAAUACCGUAAUUUUCAGUAAUUCACACGGUUACGAUGAAAUACUACAAUUUUACCGCACUUUUGCGAUAAUGUACCACAAUUUAAUGUAUAUUUACGGUAAAUUACCGUAGCUUUGUCAUAAAACGCCACAAUUUACGAUAAAAUACCGAAUUUUACUGUAAUUUUUCCGUAUACCAUAAAUUACGAUAAUGACCGCAAAUUACGAAACCGAAAGCUAUUAUAAUUACCGUAAAUUGCUGUAAAUAUCGUAAAUUAUGAUUAUUACCGUAAAUUACGAUCAUCCCGUAAAUUACUAUAAUUACCGCAAAUUACGUUACCGUAAGUUAUAAAUAUUACCGUAAAUUGCUGUAAAUACUGUAAAUUAUUAUCAUUACCGUAAAUUACGAUGAUUAUCGCAAUUUACGUUACCGUAAGUUACGAUGAAUAUCGCAAUUUACGUUACCGUUAAUAACGAAUAUUACCGUAAAGUGCGAUAAUUACCGCAAUUUACGUUACCUUAAGUUACGAAUAUUACCGUAAAUUGCUGUAAAUGCCGUAAAUUACUAUCAUGCCAUAAAUUACGAUAAUUACAAUAAUUACCGCAACUAACGUUACCGUAAGUUACGACUAGUACCGUAAAUUGCGAUAAUUACCGUAAAUUAAAUUACCGUAAUUACUGUAAUUUGUAUCCGCAAGGGUAAUUUUUUUUAACAAAAAUAAUUAUCAAUGUCUGUUAUAUUUUUAUUUUUCCGCUCCCUUUUUCGACAAGUUUGUAAGUGUUUAAAAAAAAAUUUUAA